AUGGAUAACACAUGUCCCCAGAAGAAGGCUCAACUUGCGGUGACUGCUGCAGCCACCACCGGUGUUACGGAGAUCGCGGUUCGGGAACCAGGAAAGGUCCUGGGAGAAGUCAGCAGCAAUGAGACGGAAAAAGAAGACUACUCUGCAAGCUUUACUCGUGUGUACUCUGGUGUUUUGGAUUUGACUGUGUGUUUAGUGGACUUGUCUCGUUUGCGCAUGAUGCAUGCGCCGCAGGCAGUGGUGGACGUCGAAGCAAGCCACGGAGUCACGGACACACACUCAUCGUCGACGGACGGUCUACUCCAUCGCCCGAUCUCGGUUGAAAUCAUUCAUGAGGCAGACGACCCAGCGCUUACAAUUCAUUGA